AUGCACGGGAACGGUUCCUGUGCAUUCUCUGAUAAAUCAAAUAAAGAAGAAGUCAUAAAAGUAUUAGACGAAGAAGUAUUAGACGAAGAAGUAAUAGACGAAGAAGUAUUAGACGAAGAGGUAAUAGACGAAGAAGUAAUAGACGAAGAAGUAAUAGAUGAAGAAGAAGGUAAAGAUGCUGAAGAUGAAGAAGAAGAAGAAGAAGAAGAAGAUGAUGAUGAUGAUGAUGAUGAUGAAGAAAUAGGUUUUAUAUUGUCUGAUGAGGAGACAGCAGCAGAAGAGACAGCAGAGAGGCAAGGGGUUUUGCUGCUGAUGGUUUCUAUUAUUGUCUCCUCUUGA